AUGAGCGGUGAGGCUCCCCCGGGCCUGGAAGGCAGGGUCCGGAAAGCACUGCGAAAGGUCUUCGGGUUUGAGUCCUUCAAGACUUCCCUGCAGGAAAACGCGACCAUGACUGUGGCGAGAGGCGAGAAGGAUGUCUUUGUAUGCAUGCCCACAGGGGCAGGGAAAUCCUUGUGCUACCAGCUUCCUGCAGUUCUGGCAGUGGGCAUCACCAUUGUCAUUUCACCUCUGAUUGCACUGAUUCAGGAUCAAGUGGAUCACUUGCUGGCUCUGAAGAUCAAAGCCUGCUCUCUGAACUCCAAGCUUUCUGCCCAGGAAAAGAAGACCAUCCUGGCUGACUUAGCAAGUGAGAAGCCCCAAGUAAAGCUCCUGUACAUCACCCCAGAGAUGGCAGCUGCCUCUUCCUUCCAGCCUACGUUGAACUCUCUGGUGUCCCGAAACCUCUUGUCCUACCUGAUAAUCGAUGAAGCGCACUGCGUUUCCCAGUGGGGACACGAUUUCCGACCUGACUAUCUACGGCUGGGCACCUUGCGCACUCGCAUACCCAAUACGCCAUGCGUUGCCUUGACUGCCACUGCCACCAAGCAGGUCCAGGAGGACAUUGUGGCAGCGCUCAAGCUAAAGCAGCCGUUUUCCACAUUUAAGACUCCUUGCUUCAGAUCUAACUUGUUCUAUGAUGUGCAGUUCAAGGAGCUCUUGACUGAUCCAUACGCCAACUUGAAGGAUUUCUGUCUGAAGGCGCUUGAAGUGAAGAACACCACUGGGGUGUACUCCGGUUGUGGCAUUGUGUACUGCAGGAUGAGGGACGUGUGUGACCAGCUGGCUAUCGAAUUGAGUUAUCGAGGAGUGAAAGCCAAGGCGUAUCAUGCAGGUACUGGAAGCUGCAUCUGCAUCUCUCAACUCAAGGCAGCUGACAGGACUUCAAUCCAGAAUGAAUGGAUGGAGGAGAAGAUCCCCGUUAUUGUUGCAACUAUCAGUUUUGGAAUGGGAGUAGACAAAGCAAAUGUCAGAUUUGUUGCCCAUUGGAAUAUUGCUAAGUCAAUGGCUGGAUAUUACCAAGAGUCUGGCAGAGCUGGGAGAGAUGGGAAGCCAUCCUGCUGUCGCCUCUAUUACUCAAGGAAUGACCGGGAUCAAGUCAGCUUCCUGAUUAAGAAGGAGCUCUCUAACAUCCAGGAAAAAAAAGGCACCUUAAAAGAAUCUGACAAAGCUGCGAUGACAGCUUUUGAUGCCAUUGUGAACUUCUGCGAGGAGCUGGGGUGA